AUGCGUGACGCCACACUCACACCUCGAUCUCCGUCCUGUCCAGGUGGUAAGGAGGAGGAGGAGUCUCAACCCUCAGCCCCUCCCCUCUCUCCUCCUGCAACGGACCAAACGGACAGACGCACAAACCGGCGUGGCUCUCCCCUCCCUCUUCCUCCUCCCUUCUCCUACCCGUUCUCUCCCCCUCCCCGUUCUCUCCCUGUCUCCUCCCCGCCUCCCUCCCCCAUCUCCCCCCUCGUCCCCUGCCACCAUGCUGUGGUCACGCUGCUGGUGGAGAACCUGAGGAAGCAGACUCUGGAAGGCGACCCUGCUCAGCCAGGGGACUUCUACCUGUCCCUGCUGGACCCGAAAACCCUCGCAGAGUGCUGGCCCCCAGAUGGCUUGAUGCCUGAGAGCAGCUACUGGCAGCUCUGCCCUCCCUCCAAGUCCGGCCUGCAGGGGGGGUUACUGAGCUCUAGUUUCCCCCCCGGCCCCGUGCCCCUGGUGCCCCCAGAUGCCCACCUACAGGAGGGGGGCGACCCCCUGGACGGCGCCCCCUCUCAGCCGCAGCAGCACCGGCCCCUGGCGCCCAGCACCUCAGCGUCCGAGCUGUGUCUCCCCGGAGGGCCGGUGGCCCCUCCCGGCCCCGGGCCCCCUCCUCCUCCUCCCCCGCCCCCCAAACGCCACUGUCGCUCUCUGUCGGUGCCCGAGGACCUGUCGCGCUGCCGCUACACCUGGCGGCCCAGCGCCUCACGGGUCUGGACUCCUGUCAGUCGCCAGCAGUGCCACGGGGGAGCUGGGGGAGGGGUCACCGGUGGGGGGGCAGGGGUGGGAGGAGGGGGUAUAGGGGCAGGUGCGGUAGGGGGCGGAGCCUGUCCUCUCCGUGCUCCCAGCUCCUCCCUGAACUCAUCGUUGCACUCCUCAUCCAGCCCCACCUUCUUCAGCCUGGCGCUGUCUCCGGACUCCCCGCUGCCCUGGAGCUUCCCGUGGGAUCCCAGCGAGGCGGCGGCAGGGGGAGGAGCUUGCUGCUGCUUCUUCCCCUCCCCCUCAUCCUGCUCCUCCUCACCCUCCCCCCUCCACCCACCUCCCCCUCCUCAGAGGCGUUUCUCCCUCUCCCCCGUGCUCAUCAGAGACUCUGCAGCCUCCACGUUCCUGCCUCCGCCUCCUGUGCCGAGCCAAGCGGCGCCGCCUCCACCGGGCUGCUCCACCGUGGCCGGAGCGACCCGGGGGGGCCCGGUGCCUGCGUCGCCCUCCUCGGCCUGCAGCACGCCAUCGUCUCUGCGCCGCAGCCUGCCACCGCAGCUGCCACGCUGCCACUCGCAGCCCUGCGACCUGCUGCUGCUCAAACCAGGACUGAAGAGACGCCGCGACCCCGACAGACCCUGCGCCCGACCCGUCCUCGACUUCACCAAGAUGACUCAGACGCGCAGCAUCGACCCGCAGUGUCUGGAGCGCGGUGGCGGCAGGCUGGCCUGCGGCGGUGACGUCUGCAUGGGCAUGGAGGCCUUCAUGGGCGACUUUCGGGGCUCCUGCUCGCCGGCCGAGUGCCUGGGCAGGACCAGCAUCGGGCCGCUGAGCGAGAGCGACGAGGAGUGCCGCGAGGACGACGACGAUGACGAUGACGACGGGGAGGAGGAAGCGGAGGAGCGCGAGGCGGCGCAGCAGGCGGUGUUUGAGAGGGAUUGUACAGAACUCGACUUGAACUUAAUAGAAGAAAACUGACGCAUUUGUAAAUGGAAGGCUGUUCUCUGUUUUUUUUAUUUUUUUUUAUUUAGUUUUGUUUUGAAUUGAUCUGAACCCCUCCCCUCUUCCUGGACCACCGUCAACACUCCUCCUUGCCACCAAUCAGCAAGGCUCUCAGGAACAACACCUUCUCUCAUUGGAUGAGCUGGGGUAAACAAAGCUGAUUGACGACGACAGUGAUGAUCUGACUACCACCGGUGAAGACUCGGCUGUGCGAAUCCUCCUUUUGAACACGUGAGGGUCUCUUAGAGAGUAACUCUGGUCGCCUGAGGACCCUGCACUCUCUGAACCCUCCUGGAUCUGAGCUCCACUUACCUCCGAGCCGCUCUGCUAGCUUCAGGCUGACGAGCCGUAGUCGAGGUAUGUGAAGCCCUCAGGCUGGACUCAGACUGUCCAGGUGCUUCUCGGCGUCCAGGUGUCUUCCAACGCACAGCUACUGUCUCUCUGUAACACUCUACAGCCUGAUGAGGGCGCCGCCGCACUGCAGCGCCAACCGCCGCCAUCGCCACGCCCAUCUCACACACACACACACACACACACACACACACACACACACACACACACACACACACACACACACACACACACACACACUCUGAGCAAACACAAACAUGUCUAAAAGCUGAAGACUUGAUGUUUGAUAGCCUGAAAGCAAAGCUGCAGCUAACGUUAGCACGCCUGCAGCCAGCGCUUCAGGUACGACAAACCUUUAAGUCAGACAUCAACAACUUCAUUGACGUCUUUGUGAUUCAUUAGUGGGAAUGAUCCAUUUUAAUUUUCACGGACUAAACUAUUAAAGUCAGGAUAAUUGGUUCCGGGGGGGUCCGGUGGAUUGUGGUAGAUCGGGACCACCAGGAGGAGCCAGAGGAACCGGGUUUUUCCAGAUGAUCUAAAGUUUCAGCAAUAAUGAAAUAAAAUAAAGCAAAUAAAAGUUACCUGCUGCAGCUUCAUAAAACUCAACCUGAACACACACACACACACACACACACACACACACACACACACCUGUGCAAAACACUUGAGGUCACGGUCAUGUGACCUGGGCGUGGUGAUGCGUUCAGGUUCGCUGCUGUUUGGAGGCGUGUCCCUGUCAGGCCUCACUGAGGGCAGGUAGCCACUGAUGCUGUUGUUCACCUGAGUGUUCCCACAUUCCUGUCACACACACACACCUGUCACACACACACCUGUCACUUCACACACACCUGCUCAUUCACUCACCUGGUCUCUGUGUGUCUGUGUGUGUGUGUGUGUCUGUGUGUGUGUGUCUGUGUGUGUGUGUGUGUGUCUGUGUGUGUGUGUGUGUGUGUGUGUGUGUGUCUGCUGGUCACGUGUCCAGACUGAAUCCAGAUCGAGUCCUGAUUGAAUUUCUAACUAUUUAAUAUUUUAUGCUCAUUGUGAAACCUGUCCAGUGGAUGAAAGCGAGCGUUCAGAGACGUUUACUGACACUGAGAUCACGAACCCGACAUUGAUCCUAAAUUCAACCAAUCCCUGUGAAUUCUGCACAACCUUCGGUUUUACUUCACUAUGAGCUAAGUUAGCGAUCAACCAAACUCCAUUCAGAAAACGAGCAUUUUAAAAGUUGUCAGACCAACAAAGACUGAAUUCAGAUAUUUUAUCAAUCACCAUCAUGCUGUCGUUUUCUCAGCAUCAUAUUGAUCUGUUUAUUGACUUUAAAUCACAGAAAUCUGUUUAACUCGGGCUCAUAGCACCGCUGUGAGACGUUUGGUGGGAACACACACACACACACACAGUAACGUAAAAUAAAAUAUCAGUCACACGGCGCCGUUCCUUCGCCGCCACAGCACUAACACUAUCAGUGAGUUACAGAGCGAAGCAGCUCCUCACAUCCACCCACUCACUGUGGACUUCUUCUGUACUUUAAAGUAAAUGAUGAGUCAAUAAGAUUAGAAAUGAUUCACUGUUAACUUUCAGUGUUAACACUGUUGGAUGAAUCAGAUUUCUGUCUGGAUAUAAUCUCCAUGCUGAUGACCAGAACCUCCAGGAGUGAAUGUGUGUUUGGGAAAUCUCGCAGGUUACGAUGUGAUUUUUAUUUUUUUCCUCCAAUUUUCACUUGAAACCCACAAACAGAAGAAGAAGUGCACGUUUAAGGUCUCUUAAACAGCGUGUCACUGAGUCCGUGCGGUCGUUGGCGUAAAGGACCACGCGGCUCGUUUUAGCUUUUCUACUGAGAAUCACAUUCCUGCGGAUCAUUUCCAAUCCUCCACCAGGUUUCAGAUUGAUCUGUUUUCCAGACAUUUGGUUCCUUGCAGUGAGAUAAUCCAUCACCGUCGGCGUUUAGGAGGAGGAUGUAUUUAAGUUAUUACCUUAUUUAUACAUCACGUGGCCGUACAGUGGAAAACAAACCCUACGGCGAUGCGUUCGGGGACCCUCUUGCCCGAAAAAGCAGCAAGAGUGAAAUUAGAAACUCAGAAAGACAAUCAUCAAGCAAACAGCAGAAUUCUAUAAAACCACGUCCGGUCAUUUCGGUUCAGCAGGCGGAUCUCAGAUGUCCUAAUGUCCCUGAAUGCAGCACAAACCGGCGCUGAAUAAAAGUGUGAACGCUGACAGCGAUGGAUUAUUGAUUAUUGAUGGAUUAUUGAUGGAUUAUUGAUGUCUGACUGCAGAAACUCUUCAAUCUUCAAAUGAAUGAAUUCUGUGAAAGAGGAGGUUGUUGUUAGCGAGCGCGAUGUCCGAGGGUUCGAACUCGCCGCUGUGUUUGAGUUCUCACUGCGUCUCUGAUUCAGGAACAGUUCAUCCGUCUAAAGCUUCUGGAUUAAAGCUGGAGUCAGGGUGUGGUUAGCCUAGCUUAGCAUCAGACUGGUGCUCCUGGGGUUGGGUUAGCUGCUUAUUAGCUAAUGGAAGACGCUGAACAGCAGUAUGUUAGCAUGCUAAUGUUAGCAUGCUAAUGUUAGCGUUUAACUUAAAGUGCCGCUGUCGACUUCCUGUUUGUGUUCAGACUUUAUGCUAAGCUAGGCUAACCACACCCUGACUCCAGCCCUGUAGUACACACACAGACACACACACACACAGACACACACACAGACACACACACAGAGACACACACACACACACACACACACACAGACACACACACACACACACACACAGACACACACACACACACACACACACACACACACACACACACACAGUGGUUCCCAACCUUUAUAUUUAUAUGUUAAUAUGUUUUGGUUUUUUAAUAUUCAAUGCUUAACAUUUCCAGAAGAGAAUAACUGAACACCCAAUUAUUGAAGAACAUCAGAACUUAUUAUUAUUAUUAUUAUUAUUAUUAUGUUUUAACAUGUUUAACAAUCGUACAGAUUAAUUAGGCAGACAGAUUCAGUGUUUCCUUCUCAUCGUUCUCUUUGAUUAAUGUAACUGUACUUUUCUAAAGCGUCGAGGCAGACAGUGGAUAGAGUUUGUGUUCAGGUCUGCAGAUAAUAGAAGUUUAAACAAUAAUAUUAACUCAACAUUUUUUUCACAGACAUAAAUAAAAUGCUGAAAUAAA